AUUUUAGGUUCGCCUUCUGAGGCUCUACCGAUGUGAUGUCCUGUCGCUGUGUAUGCACGAAUCCUUGGCAAACUUUGAGAAUGUUUCGUCGCUUGUCUUAACGACCGGUUGUUGCUAAUUCAUUAAUUUUGCCACGAACUGAGAUUGUUGUGAUAGAAGAAGAGUUGAAGAAUUUAGACUCGGGAUUUAAAUUCCAGAGACAAGUGCGAAUACCGAAAUACAUAGCCUACCUAGUACCUACAUACCUAGGUUACCUAGGUACCUACAGGUAAGUUUUCAAUUACCGAUUAACUAACCAUCUUGUAAGUAUGAAUAAUUCCAUUAUAGGGGGUCUAAAGUGAUAUUUCCUUAUUAUUGCAUACCCGAGCUAACAGACAACAACCCCCUAUUAGACGCCAUGGCCAAUCCCGGAAUGCUCUACGUUACCAUGCAGCCCAAGCUAGGGCUGCCGAUACACCAGUUUCAUGAAUGGUACAACAAUGAGCAUGGCCCGACGAGGCUCAGACUGCCCCAGAUCUUCUCGAACGGCCUCCGUUAUCGGGCGGCAGACGGAAAGGAGCCCGAGUUUCUAGCCGUCUACGACAUCGUGUCUAUGCCGCUCUUGGAGACGGAUACUUACACGUCUUUACGCGCAAAUAGAUCGCCUAGAGAAGCCGAAACUAUUGGCCAGGUAGACGUGAAGAGGUACUUCUGGGAUCUCGUCUCUGCAACCGAGUCUCCGCUCUUCAUCCCAAUCGAGCAGUUGGCAGAUGACGAGGCCGAGAGCAUACUCCUGCUCUCGUUGGAGUUCAAGCUUAGCGACACGGCAGAUGCUGAGAGAGAAACCAGUAUGUGGCUCAAGGAGCACGUGUCUUCGAUAUCAAAGUUAGCCGGCUGGCUACGAUCGCGGGUCCUCAGAACAUCCAGCUUGGAGUCUGGCUCGCCAAUCUCCUUCAUUGCGCUACAUGAGUUUUCCAAGGCGGAGCUCGCAACAGCAACUCAUCUGCUUACAUCAUCCCCUCUCGGGUGGAAUGAUAUUCGAGAAAAGUAUGCAACAGUGAACUCGCAACGGCUGUACGAGCUGUUCUACGUCUUUGGACCGGCAUCGCGCGAUUUACACAAUUUGUCGCGUCUCGAGCCCUCGACGCCUAACUUCACAUUCCCAGACCAUAAGACUAUCACUUCAGCUGCUACUUCAACAAUCUUCUCGUACGUGACGAAUCCCGAUGGGCUUGAGAUCCCUUACAAGCUCGAAGGCAACCCGGACCCCAAGGCGCCAGUUAUUGCUUUCUGCAACUCGCUGCUUACCUCACUUGACAUGUGGAAUCCCUUAGUAAAGAUCCUGAAGGCGCAGAGACCACAGUAUCGCAUUCUACGCUAUGACUUUCGCGGCCGGCACAGCAUACCUUCCCCCCCUGUUCCCGCAACCUUGAACACGCUAGCAGACGAUCUAAGUAGUGUCCUAUCUGCGCUACGGAUUCCCAAGCUAGACACCUUGAUCGGCGUAUCUAUGGGCGGAGCCACGACAUUGCGGUUCGCGCUCAAGUAUCCGGAUAAGCUAGGGCGAUUCAUCGCGUGUGAUUUCAAUGUAGCGUCUAGCCCCGCAAACACGGAAGCGUGGAAGCAGCGUAUCGCUAUCGCCGAGACUCCUCUCGAGGACGGCGUUCCUGGUAUCCAAAAACUGGCAAAGCAGACCGUUGAGCGCUGGUUCCACCCCGAUACGAUGGAGAAGAAGCAAGAAACCGUGCGCUGGGUAGAGGAUAUGGUUGCCAAGAACAAUCUCGAGGGCUUCAGGUACGGGUGCCAGGCGCUCUGGGACUACGAUAUGAAAGCCCAGAUGAAAGAAUGUCAGGUCCCGGCACUGCUGGUCGUUGGGGAGGGCGACGGAAAGGGGGCGUUGGUCAAGGCCAUGGACGGCUUCAAGGGCCUUCUUGGAAAGGAUGGUGCCGAGCUGGCCGUCGUACCAGAGGCGGGCCACCUUCCCAUGUGUGAGAAUCCAGAAGCUUUCUGGAAGGCUGUGGAGGGGUUCUUGUGAAGAUCUAGACUACUCUAUAGUUAUUUUGGUAAUUGGUUUGUAACACAGUGCCAAGCUGGUUCUCUGGCUUGAGAGUAUAGCUCCACGUCUGUCCAGUGGGCUAUCAGCUGCUGCCGCAGCUAUGAAUAGCUCUUAAUCUAAAUCGAUCUAAUGGGCAUAUGACAUCGAAAG